AUGACACAAGAAGUCGAAGAUUCCGAUACACGUCUUCUUCGGGAAAUGGGCUACAAGCAAGAGCUCUAUCGUGGAUUUUCGCCAUUCAUGGCAUUUGCCUUCUGUUUCACUGAUGUCAAUGUUCUUCUAUCGAUUUCAAUUGGAUUCACCUAUUCAUUGAACACUGGUGGAUCAGGUGUCACUAUUUGGUCAUGGAUUAUUGGAUCUAUAUUUACUAUUCUCACCGGACUCUCCUUAGCUGAAAUAUGUUCUGUAUAUCCAAGUGCUGGUUCUGUAUAUCAUUGGUAUGUUGAUUAA